AUGCAGAAAAAAUAUAUGUAUGAUACUGAUUUGAUGAACAAAGAAUGUAAUUGCCAUGAUCAAAUUUUCAAUUAUAGCAAUGAAAGCAAAAUUCACAAAUCUCAGUUUUGUUACGCAGAUUUAUACACUAUCGGAAAAAUAUGGCUGUUUGCAUUGAAAUCAGCUUUGCUUGGAUUUAAAGUAUGUUUGAUUCCGGUUGUAAAAGCAGAUUCUUCUUCAGUACCACCAAAGAAACCACCUCCAAUGAAGUAUAAAGAUUUGCCACUUUAUCAAAGUCCGCAUUAUGAAUACAAGGAAUUCAUUGCAAGUAAAUCUAAAUGCCCUGAAGCUGAUGUUAAGUUAAUGCACCGAUUUCUUCUGUCUUAUGUAACAAUGUGUAGAAAAGAAGUGCAAUAUCAAUCGUGUCAGAUGAAUCACGCUGUAAAAGAAAUUUAUAACAACGCUCGAACAUCUUUACGUGAAACAAAAAAGGACUUUAAGGCAUCCAUGAGAGAUAGUGAAAACUUAACAAUUCGAAAGGCCGUAGUUCUAAUGGGAGCUGGGGCUGGAUACCUGCUAGCAGCUGGAAAAGGAAUUCCGAGGCGUAUAUUUAUGACAGCAGCCGGAGCUGCUGCAGGUGGUGCAUUAUGUUUUCCGAAAGAAACUGAUGAAGCUUUUAGAAAUUUUGCCUACUAUAGCGGUAAAACUGCAGUUGGAUUAUAUAAUUGGUGCUGUGGAAAGGAUUUUGCUUUGAGAGAAAGAUUACCUUGCCAGGAUGACCUACCCGCUGCAACAAAUCAAAUUAUAAGUCAAUGUCCUCAAAAGAAGUAG